AUGCUCGGUCUGAUACCGGCCAACUUUACACCCUUAGUAUCGCUGACAAAUAACACUUUGAUGACCACAUCAAUGGACCUGAUGUCUCAAACGACAGGCCCCGUUGUCAGUGGUGUGCCUGUUCUGAUGGACACAGGAGUGGUCGACUCCAGCAAUACGUCCACGAAAUCGUGUGGCCCGACUACGCCAUUUUAUCAUACGAAGACACCUCUUAUAGCCGUCUUACCGCCUUUCGACCAUGACCUUGCUGUGAUUUAUCGACAUAGGCGACAGAGAUCAGUAAACUUGGGAGGAUGGUUUGUCCACGAGAGUUGGAUGACACCGUCUUUGUUUCGAUGUGCCAAAGAGCCAAAGACUGCUGAAUUAGAUCUGGCUUCAGGAUGGGGGGGAAUCCGACAAGCUCGAUCUGUUUUGGAACAUCAUUGGGAUACUUUCAUCACCGAAAAGGACUUUGCUUACCUCCAAAGCAUUGGAAUCAACACAGUCCGAAUUCCCAUCGGGUACUGGAUGCUGGGGCCUGAGUUCUGCGCAGGAACCGCGUUUGACAGCGUGGCAGGUGUCUAUAUCAACGCUUGGUCACAAAUCACGAAUGCUAUCAAUAUGGCGGCGAGCCAUGGGAUUGGUGUUUUGAUAGAUUUGCAUGGUGCACCCGGAUCACAGAACGGCAAAGCGAGUAGUGGAACAAGUGACGGUACAUCGUUCAUGGACACCGCCGCGACAAAGAACGUCCUGACAUUCCUCUCAGAAAGACUAACUCAAGUCUCAAACGUGAUUGGGAUCGGACUACUUAAUGAACCAACACCCUCUGCUUCUAUGGAUGAAUUUUAUGAUGACUUGCUGGCGGCUUUGCGCGAACUGUGUCCUUUGGCGGCCGAGUUCCCCUACUAUAUACAAGACGGAUAUGCCUUAACUUCAACCGCGCAAUAUAUGGAAAGCCGGGUCGAUUGGCUAAUAUUGGACCAUCAUUCAUAUUUUACUUAUGAUGGAGGAUCGUCUUCUGCAAAUACGGUAUCGAACACAUCACCUAGUCAAGUUCCAGCGACUCCCUUAACAAUGAUCCAAGACGCUUCUGAAAUGUUGCAUAACAAUAUGAUCAUCGGAGAAUUCAGCUGUUUGAUUUCAAAGGCGAAACUCAUACAAUACAGUAAUCCACUGGCGCCUGAGAAAAAGAUGUGCUACCAGCAGUUGGAAGCAUACGCCUCUAUGACCAACGGGUAUCACUUUUGGAGCUAUACGGGCGAAUCGUGCGAUAAAGGGAAUUGGUGCUUCAAAUCCGAAGUGGGGAACAUCUUACCACCUGACUUCAUGGUAUACAAUGGCCAACGGAUCAACCAAGAGACUACCACCGCCGAACUUCGUUCUUCAAUAUCUCAACUCGUUGCACCCAGUACACGAAAAGGAGUGACCAGCAGCCUGCCACCUCUCUCGUUAUCACGAAGAACCAUAUCUCGGAAAAGACGGCAAAUAAGUGAGCUCUCAUCAAGCCCCGCCCUCCCUGAAGAUCCAAAGUAUAUCAAUAUCACAGAGAGCUCUGGAUCACUCCUCCAGGAUUCAUAUUCUGAUGGAUUCGCGGUGGCAAAGCUUUUUGCCCAAGAAAAUUUCAGCGAGCUAGGUUUUGUUGACCAUUACAUAAGUGAGAGGAUUAAGCUUAUCAGAUCAGGUUCAAUCUUGCCACAGAUGGGGAAAUUUCUCGCACGCGAUCAAGACGCGGCGGACUACUCUGUAUGGUUUCUUCGAGGGCUUAGGGAUGGUGAAAAAUUGAUCACAAUGGCCAUCCAGGAAAUUCCGACCAAGGGAAUGGAAAAGAGACGAAUGACAAGAAACUUGCGAAGGAUCUUAAACGCACCUUCGUAG